AUUGGAUGCAGCCUGAAUUUUUACACAAGCGAAGGAAAUGUCACGACUCCGAAUUAUCCUAAUGAGUACAGCGAGAAGUUGAAUUGCUACUAUCAUAUUAAAGUCGGAUCGGCAAGCUCGAUCACACUCAUUGUAGAGGAAUGCUAUUUAGAGGAGGACAACAAGGACGAGAUCUACAUUGCAGGAGGUCCAACAGUGUCAACAAUUGCUCCCGGCUACGAUUUAUUACUCAAUGCAAACAUCACUGCUAGUAACACAAACCUGACAGAAAGGACAUAUACAUAUACCGGCUCUCAAGUCACACUCUACCUCGAUACUGACAAAAACGUCCAUUAUCGUGGUUGCCGAAUUUCUUACAGUGCUGAUGUUGACGAAUGUAACUCUGACCCUUGUCAGAAUGGAGGCACUUGUAUGGAUGGCGAUAACUCAUACACAUGUACAUGUGUACCCGGAUAUAAUGGCGAUAAUUGUCAAAAUGAUAUCAAUGAAUGCGCGUCGAUGCCAUGUCAGAACGGAGGCACUUGUAAUGAUGGAAUUAACAUGUACAAUUGUACUUGUGCUGCUGGAUUCACAGGCACAAACUGUAUGACAGAUAUCAAUGAAUGCGCGUCGAUGCCAUGUCAGAACGGAGGCACUUGUAAUGAUGGAAUUAACAUGUACAAUUGUACUUGUGCUGCUGGAUUCACAGGCACAAACUGUAUGACAGAUAUCAAUGAAUGCGCGUCGAUGCCAUGUCAGAACGGAGGCACUUGUAAUGAUGGAAUUAACAUGUACAAUUGUACUUGUGCUGCUGGAUUCACAGGCACAAACUGUAUGACAGAUAUCAAUGAAUGCGCGUCGAUGCCAUGUCAGAACGGAGGCACUUGUAAUGAUGGAAUUAACAUGUACAAUUGUACUUGUGCUGCUGGAUUCACAGGCACAAACUGUAUGACAAAUAUCAAUGAAUGCGCGUCGAUGCCAUGUCAGAACGGAGGCACUUGUAAUGAUGGAAUUAACAUGUACAAUUGUACUUGUGAUGCUGGAUUCACAGGCACAAACUGUAUGACACAAAUGAACGAGUGUUCAAGUAUGCCAUGUCAAAAUGGCGGUACUUGCGUGGAUGGACCAAAUGAAUACCUCUGUAGCUGUCAGCCUGGAUACACUGACCCCAAUUGCGGAACCGAUAUCAACGAAUGUGCAAGCAGUCCCUGUCAGAAUGGAGGUACUUGCACGGAUGAGGUCAACAGUUACUCGUGUUCUUGCGUUGCUGGAUACGAGGGUCCUACAUGUGGCAUCGAUACUGACGAAUGUGCUUCCGGUCCUUGUCAAAAUGGAGGGACUUGUAAUGACCAGGUUAAUAUGUACACAUGCAAUUGUGCGGCAGGAUACACAGACAGUGACUGUCAAACGGACAUCAAUGAGUGUGCGAGCAGUCCGUGCCAAAACGGUGCCACCUGUUACGAUAUGGUCAAUGCCUACUCGUGCAUGUGUCUUCCUGAAUACACUGGCGUGAACUGUGAAGAUAAUAUUGAUGAAUGCGCCUCUGAUCCGUGUCAGAAUGAUGGUACAUGUACUGAUGGAAUCAGUUCUUACACAUGUAGCUGUGAGCCUGGAUACACUGACCCCACUUGCGGAACCGAUAUCAACGAAUGUGCAAGCAGUCCCUGUCAGAACGGAGGUACUUGCACGGAUGCAGUCAACAGUUACUCGUGUUCUUGCGUUGCUGGAUACGAGGGUCCUACAUGUGGCAUCGAUACUGACGAAUGUGCUUCCGGUCCUUGUCAAAAUGGAGGGACUUGUAAUGACCAGGUUAAUAUGUACACAUGCAAUUGUGCGGCAGGAUACACAGACAGUGACUGUCAAACGGACAUCAAUGAGUGUGCGAGCAGUCCGUGCCAAAACGGUGCCACCUGUGACGAUAUGGUCAAUGCCUACUCGUGCAUGUGUCUUCCUGAAUACACUGGCGUGAACUGUGAAGAUAGUCUUGACGCCUGUGCCAGCGAUCCCUGUCUAAACGGAUCGACUUGUACUAACGUAGGGACAGACUUCGAAUGCGAAUGUUUACCAGGAUUUUCUGGAACACUAUGUGAUAUAGAUAUCAACGAGUGUGCUACCUUACCCUGUCAGAAUGGUGGUACUUGUAUCAAUGAAUUAGCGGGACACUCAUGCGUGUGUCAAUAUGGAUACACAGGAGCCACCUGCGAAGAAUAUACACUGUGUGAUCUUGAGGGGGUAUGGUACAAUAGCCGCAAUGACCAAUUCACCCUUCAAAAGACCGCAACAGGUGUCAUUUUUGGAACCUACCGUACACGAGGCCACAUACUUGCUGGAGUGACAGACAUUAGUCUUGCCUUCGGGUAUUCGGUGUUGACUGGAGAGUAUCCUAUUCCGACCUUCGGUCUUACCCUGGUCCGAGACUUUGGCAGAUCUACUACCUGCUGGACUGGACAGUGUCAGGUCUGCGAUGGGCAAGAGAUCCUCUACUCAACUUGGAUCAACACUCAAGCCGUUAGCACAUGCGACGAAAUUCAUCUAGCAACAAGAAUCGGCCAAGAUGAAUGGACUCGCUACCAACAGCUUCGAGCACCUCAGGAAUCUUAGAUCUUGAGAGGACGCAAAGAAACAGAAAACUU